AUGAUGCAGGAACAUGUGUAGAUAUUAUUUUUAUAAUAGAUGUCUCAUGUACAGUUGUGAAACAAUAUCAAAGACAGGCUAUUGAAGUUAUUAAACGCUUUAUUAAAGAAGUAAAAUUCAAAGGUGACGAGACUGGGAAAGAUUCAACAUUUCACUUGCCUAUUGUCAGGCUACCCUUUACCGCUGAAUCAUCAGAUAAUAAAGGAACAAUUAAAAGGAUCAUAGAGCUUAUGUCUGCAAUUAGCUAUGACCAGAAGACACUAUCCAAUGUUGGUGUCAUAGCCUUUCACAAGGUAGCCCUGAAUACAUCCAUUCCAUUCCAAAAUAAUCGUAGGGAUUUAGAAAAGGGACUCAAAAAACUCCUGAAAUAUGAAGGGAUAUGCAAAACACAUGGAGAUAGUGCAUAUGACAAAGCUGUGGAGAUGUUUGAUACAAUUCCAAAACGAGAUCGAAAUAUUGUGGUUGUAUUUGGCGAUGGCCGCAAUACUGGAACUAAGCAUCAAAGUCUAUCUGAACAAGCAAUGGAGAGGUUAAAAUCUGAGCAAAAUGUGGACGUUAUUUGGGUUACAACUCCAACUAAGAUUUUGAAAACUUCAAAAACUGCAUCAGAACAGGCAGCAGAAAUAAUACGUGGCCAGAUGCACAUUGAACGACAUGUGAAAAAAACGCAAAUAUUUGACAUAAGAGACAAUGCCUUAAAUACAAAACUAUAUGAGCAUGUUUUGGAAAAUUAUGUAUGUGAAAACUGAACAUUAGAGAGAAAGUGUUAACUCUCAAAAUUGAAUAGUUCAAUACCAUAGAACGUUAUUUUGAGAUCCAAAUUAAUAAAUGAAAAUUGGAUUUGAACAUUUGAUUUGCCUGUAGAAUGACAAAAAAUGUCUAUCAAUGUCAUUUUAGAUGAGAAUCAGUAUCAUCUCAGAUUUUGAACAAUUUCUCACAAUCGAUGUUAU